AUGCCAAGGCUCAAGCAGGUGAAACCACAACACAUCAACCUGGAGAAAGACCAGGGAGAGCAACAGCCACAGCAGCAGGUCCCAGAGUUUACACAUGUAGCCCCAGCAGUGCCUGUGGCAGGGGAGCUGGGUGCUCCAACGAACUAUGUAGGUACUGGUGAUGAGAUGAAUGGGGACCAAGUGAUGGUAAAGAGGCCUCAUUGGGAGGAGACUCACAUCUGUGAGAAAUGUUGUGGAGAGUUCUUUAGCUCCUCCGAGUUCUUAGAACAUAAGAAAAAUUGCACUGAAUGUCUACCUGUCUUCAUCAUGAAUGACAGUGAGAGACUAGUGCCUUUGGAAGAUUCCUCUGGGGCUGUGCUGAGCCACCAGCCACAGAGUUCAAGCAGUAAGGACAGUUACAGGGAGGAUGGUGGUAGCUCAGGGGACAUGAAGGAGAAGCCAGGGAUGAAGUCUGUUCUAUACUUAAAGAAGGAGACUACCUUGCCCUCCCUACCCCAAGACUUAAGCUGUUUACCCAAAGGCAAUGUGACCAACACUAAUGUGAUUCUUCAAGCAAUACCAGGCACCAGGGUGGCGGUGAGCCAGAGGAGUGCGAAUGCACCGCCUUCCCCCCUGCCUGUUGCCGACAGCGUCCCAUCGGUCCUGGAGCAGAUCUUCUGUCUGCAGCAGCAGCAGCUACAGCAGAUUCAGAUGAUUGAGCAGAUCCGCAUCCAGAUGGACACGUGGGCCACUGAUCCCCUCCACUCUGGCAUGGUGGGAGCUGACAACCUUAACACCUCAGGCAACCGUGUGUUUCAGCCGGUUUCUGCAGCAGUGGCUUCGCCCAGUCAGAAAGCUGGAAGCCAAGGAUUGCCAUUGGACACCUUGAAACAAGCCAAGCUACCUCACACGAACAUCCCUUCCACCACCAGCUCUGUGUCCCCAGCACUGACGUCCUCCGCCCUGAGGCUGGAUGGGCCGAGGGUGCUCCCUGGCCACCUUCCAGGUACUUUGCUACCUGAGACCCCGAGCUCUGUGGUCUCCCAGAGCCCUUUCCGCACUGCACCAAUAGAUCUGUCCAAGAAAAGGAAAGCGAAGCCACCCAACACAUUCCUGGUGCGUAUGAAACCCAAAAAUCGGCCUGUCUUCUAUGAGCAUGUGUGUAAGUACUGUGGCAAGGUUUUUGAUACUGAUAGCUCCUUGCAGAUCCACCUCUCUUCUCAUACUGGAAAGAGACUCUUUGCAUGCUCUAUCUGUGGUCACUGGUUCACCACUGAAGGCAAACUGAAGACACACUUUUAUCAGCAUCUCCAGGCGAAGGCAACCCCCCAGGUGUCUGCUGAGUUCCCCAACAACAUGGCGACAGGGAGUGGUGCUCGCUGUGCACGCUCUGUACCUGUCCCUGUAGAUGAAUCUAGUGUCUCUUUAGACUGCAGACCUGUCCCGGUACCAGGGACCCCCAAUGUAGGGCUACCUCAGAAUUUCUCUUUGGUGAGUAAUCCCAAGGACCUAAAGUGUGGCCCACUGGCCAAAGACCUGCAUCCUAGACCUUCUCCAGAAAGUGGGGAUGGAUCCAUGUACUCUGGGGCGGGGCCAAGCCAUAAUUUCCCGAGGGUUGGUAGUUUCCAAGGGACAGGAAGACCUGAGCUGGGGUCACAGACCCUGAAGUUGCAGCAGAUGGUGAAGAAUGUUGACAAGGCCUCUACUGACCCCAAUGAAUGUGCCAUUUGCCACCGUGCCUUUAGCUGCCAAAGCUCCCUCAGAUUGCAUUAUCGCACCCACACUAGGGAGAGGCCAUUCCGGUGUAGAAUCUGUGACCGAGCCUUCUCCACCAAAGGCAGCCUGAAGACACACUUAGGGGUUCACCAAACCAACACCUGUGUAAAGACGCAGUAUUCGUGCCCCAUCUGCCAGAAGAAGUUCACCAAUGCGGUCAUGUUGCAGCAGCACAUCCGGAUGCACACGAGCGGUCAGAUUCCCAACACGCCCCUGCCAGAGAAUCCCUGUGUCUCUGCAGGUCCUGAGCUGAUGGUAAUCAGUGAGAGUAGCAGCACAAGCACCGUCUGUCACAAUGACAUCGAAUGCAUUGAUGUAGACAAAGUCGGCUCCCAGGAUGCCCCCAGCAGCUCCUCGAAGGUCCCUGUGCCUCUUUCCAGCAUCCACUUGGCAUCACCCGCAGUAGAAUUUACCAUGGUGACCCCCUCUAAUGCCCCAGGAAAGGUGAGCUCUGCUCCUGUGGUCCUGCAGCAGCAGAGCAGCAGGGGAAAGGGUUCAGUGAAAAGUGGUGGCUCGAUCGACUCAUCCUCAGUGACGGGAAGCCUGCAGUAUCAGAGCCCAAGUCCAGACGUCCUGAAGAUCACAUCUUUUCAAGAUAGUCAAGCAGAAAGCAUCAAGUUUAAGUCUCCUGAUGCUGGUGGCAAAACAGAGAGGUUGGAGAACAGCCUCACCGAGAUGGAAGGUUCAAGCAUUCUCCCAUCUGACCGAGCCCAACCAGCCCAUGCCAAAAUUAAAGUUAGUGGUGCAUUUGGAUCCUCAGUUAUGUCCCCAGGCAUGACAUCUUUGUUAAUGGCCCAACGAGGCCAACAGGGCAAGCAAUAUGGCUGCACAUGGUACAGGGAGAACCAGUCAUCAGCCAGUGCUCUUCAGAUUUGUGAGCAGACACACACUGAGAGGAAGCCUUUUGUGUGUAACAUAUGUGGACAAGGUUUCACCACCAAAAGCAAGCUGCAGGUCCACUAUAUGACUCAUGGUACUAACAAUAGCUCUGCACACUGUGGGAGGAAGCAGGCAGUAGGGAACACCACGGAUCUGUUAGGAGCAGAUGGAAAGAAGCUCCCCGAGAUGUCUCCCCAAGCAAUCACGGUCCCUUCAGUGAGCAUGGGUCCUGUUAUGGGGAACCAGUACGCUAACAUGCCCAAUGAGGGCCUGGCCAGGAAGACCAACAAGAUCUCAGUGAUCAAGAUUGUAGGCAUUUCUACUCCCCCAGCCUCCCUGGGGGCCAGCUCCCUUGGCAGUAGCACCACUGUCUCCAAGAAAGAUUCACCACGUUCCCAAACACCAGUUCCCUCACUUACUGGAGGAAAACAAGGUAGCGGUCAGCUAAACUAA